AUGAAAUAAAAAAUGAUAGAAAAUGAGAAAGAUUUUGUUUGUUAAUCUCAGCAUUAACUUCCAAUAUAGAUGAUUUUAUGGGAAAAGAAUAUAGAUUCUCAAAAAAGACUGUUAUGUAGUGAAUGUAUGGAUGAUAUUGAAUCUAAUAUCAAUGUAAGAAGCUUUAAAAAAGUUAUUCAAAAAAUUUAAGAAAAAUAAAAUAAAAAGUACGAAUCUAUAGAAGAUAAGUUGAAGAUUUAUAUAAAUAAAGUAGACUUACUACAAAAAUAAAUUGAUCUAUUGAGAUCUAAUUUAGUUUAAUAAUUAGAUUAAUUAAUAGGAAAUGUAGAAGAAUGGAAAAAACAGUUGAUUUUACUUGGAUAAUCAAAUCUUACUUAUAGCUUCUUCUAAGAAUUAGAUAAAUUAAUAAUUAAUAUAAAUGAUGAUGAAUCUGAGUUAUUAAUUAUGAAUUAAAUAAAUUUAAUUAAUAAUGCAUGGGGUCAAAAGAUGUUUGGUAAAAUUAGCAUGUUUAAAAACUUUGAAGAAAGUCAUACAUGUGAAUAAUUAUUAUUAAACUUUGGAUAUAUUGAAAAAUUGAAUAGUUAGGUAAAUUAUUCAAUUAUUUUAGGAUAUGAAUGGGGAAAACAACUUACAAUCAAAUCCAGUUGUAGACAAUUAAUAAAAAAAGUAAAAAUAAUAACAAAUUACAUUAAAGUUAGUUGAUUAGUAGAUCAAAUAAAAAGGGGCUUGUUUUUCAAUUGUUUUUAAUAAUACUGGAUAAGUUAUGAUUUCAAAUGAAAAAGAAGUUAUAAAUGUUUGGAAUCUCAUUGAUGGAAAAUUAUAAUUAAGCAAUACAUAUAAAAUACAUAGUGAUGAUGUUACAUGUUUGGUGUAUAGUAAAUAUACAAAUAACUUCAUUUCAAGUUCUUAAGAUAAUUCAAUAAUUUGUUGGAAAUAGAUUAAUGGAAACAAUUGGCAAUCUUCAGAAUCAUAUAAUGAACAUAAGGAUUCAGUCUUAUGUUUAAUAUUGAAUAAUAAAGAAGAUCAACUAAUUUCAGGUGAUUUCUUAAGUUCAAUUAAGGUAUGGAAUGUAGAUUUUGUUAACAAUAAAAUUACUUUUUAAUAUAGUUUAGAUUAACAUAAUGUUAGUGUUUUUUCUUUAUCUUUGAAUCAUUCAGAAACUUUAUUGGCAACAUGUGGUUGUGAAGAAUUGAUAAUUUGGGAUAAAGGAUAAGAUGGAAAAUGGCAAUACAAAUAUACACAAACAUUUUCUAGUGGAAGCUAUUUAAAAUUUAUAAAUGAUGAAUAAAUCCUAUGGAAAACAAGGGGAAGAUCAGUUGAUGAAAUUUAAAUUCUUGAAUAAAUUAAUGGAGUUUUUUCUGAAAAUGAAGGCAAUAUUAUCAAAUUAAUUUAAAAUUCUUAGUGUUUAGAUUGCAUAUAUUUUCCUAUUGUUCAUAAUAAAGAUAACAAUCUUAUAUUAUUAAGACAUAAGCAUCAUCUUUAUUUAAUAAAUGGAAUAGAUAAUAGUAAAUUCUAAAUUGCGGCAUCAUUAAAUUUAUGUAAUAAUGAGAUUUAUGGAAAUAUGACAAAUGAUGGCCAGUAUUUAGUAUUUUGGGAUUAAAAUUAAGAAAAAUACUCAUCUUAUGAAAUAAUAUAUAAUUGA